CGUGCAUCUGCGCACGCGUGACCGUGUUGCUCGCAACCACGAGGGGGGAUAACAUGGCGGUACUCGAUCGCCGUUAGUCGAUGUACAGACGCCGGUAGAUUUGGAUCAUUCUUUUCAAUCAAAUAGAAUGAAUAGUGAUUAUGAUUGAAAAUUUACAAACAUCCUAUACUGUCAUUAUUUGUACAAAUUAUGACAUGAUUUAAUAUUCAUUGUUUUAUCUGAACAAUUCGCGAGUGUCGAUUGUAAAGACUCAUUGCACGCGCUAAGUGACAUUUAUAAGAGUUUACUCUGACAUCAUUCGAAAACGCGAUUUAAGACUCUGUUGCCAAGUAAGUUCAAUCACUACAUUGCGAAAGUGAUUUUGUAAUCGGUUGCCGUUUGAACUGUUUCAAUUCUAAAGUGAUUGACAGCAAAAACGAAGAAGGCGGUGAAUCUUAUCAACCGUUUGAAUCUGUUUUGAAACUCUUGGGACUGCAUCAUAAAGAUAUUCUGUAAAUAGCUUGCAGAUUUUGUGUCACGUCGUUGAUCGUGUUACGAGUUGUUUCGUCACAGGCCAAUUUAUCGAUUCAGAGCGGGAAAAUAUUAUACGGGCGUACAAUGUAAGGACGUACACGUGUGUCUCGUUUAUAAUUUUAUUAUAAAAUGGCUCCGACUAUUUAUUUGUCGGAGAUACCUGUUGUAAGAACAUCUACGAUCCCAUGUUCACGACGAAGACAAAGGAUUCAUAAUGGAGCUGUUGCAAAGCAACAAAGGCUAGAAAUUAGACGAUUGGAAACGAAUGAGUCUUCACGCGAUGAUGAGUCUUUGACACCACCGGAAAAUUCUCUUUGGGAACCAGAAAAUUCCAAUGACUCUUGUGAUCCAACAAUCGUCAGUUCUUCCUUUCCAAGUUCUGCUAAAGUUCCAGUGGAUACAAAGGAACAUUGGAAAGUGUUAGCGAGACGAAAAGGUCUUCUAGACAUUGUCGUACGUACUAUGGCUCUGAUACGACGAAACAACAUUCUUCAAGAAAGAGUAAACGCCCUGCGCGCAGAGACUCGAGACUUUAUUCAUUCAGUAUUGAACAAUCCCGAAAACAAGUGUAUACAACAGAGAUUGGAUAUUAUUGACUGCAAGGAAACGGAUGUGACCUCGUCGACGGAGAAAACUAUACCAAGACCAUCGCUUCCGCCCACACCAAACUCGAUAAAUUCCUCGUCAAACGACGUCACGUCAACCUGUAGCAGCAACGAAAACGAUUCUGAACAAUCCGACAUUGAAUCGUAAUGUUUGAGAAUAUUAUGCGCAAGAGAAAGAGGUAAUUCGUAAACAAAAUCGAAAAGAAUGAAACGAUUUGAGUCAUUUGAUCGUUAGAACGUAGAACGAUGAUGCGAUUGAUUCUUAUUUGAACAGAAACAGAAUAAGAAUACUAUUGGAAAGAAGAUUGGGAUGAUGCAGAUGAAGUUUAAUUGAUAGAUUUCUUAGAGUGUAUUGUCUUCAUCAGUUCGUUAUAGGGAUUAUUAAUGAUAUUGAAGAUUUUAAAUAAAAUUUCAUGACUCUAUCUGUAAGAUAGUAAAAUCAAUAAUAUAAUUUUUAAGUUUUUGAUUUAAC